AUCGGUGGUGGAGCUGUGGUCCUAUUGUUGUGAUAUGGACAAGGCAUGGGUGUGGCUUCCAAGGGCUAGCCGAGAGUAUGUGGAAGGAGCAACAAAUUUUGUGACUGCAUCAUCAAGGAGGUUGGGGAAUCCAUCUGAAAUUUUCUGUCCCUGCAUCGAUUGCCGCAAUGUUUGCCAUCAACUUGUAGACACAGUAGUGGACCAUCUUGUGAUCAAGGGUAUGGAUAAGAAAUACAUGAGGAAUUCGUGUUGGAGUAUGCAUGGUGAAAGAAAGUCUGAUAUUUCUGAUAGUGUUCCCACAUCAGAAACUGAGGCUUAUGAUUUGCUUAGGACGGCUUAUUUUACUGGUGAAGGCAGUCCACAGCCAUCAAACAACAUUGGAGGAGAAACUGAGGAGGGGACCUUGUCUGGAUGUAAAGUGAAAGGGAAACAAGCGUGUAAUGUAUGUGGAAAGGAUACACCUUGUAGGUGGUUGAAGAACUGUCGAAAGUAUGUGUAUAUGGGUAACAGAAAGCGACUCAGACCUGGACAUCCUUACAGACGCAGAAAAGCAUGGUUUGAUAACAAUAUCGAGGAAGGCACUGCAAAAAGGGUUCAGUCUGGUACUGAAAUAUUUGACACACUGAAAGACUUCAGGAAUGAUUUUGGAAGAGAUUUAGAUAAGGAAGCUAAAAGAAAAAGAUCAGAUUUGUUAGAAGAUGAGGCGGUUCCAGAGGAAGAGUGUGAUGAAAGCACUGAUCAGUGGCGGUGGAAGAAGCGGUCAAUAUUGUUUGAGUUAGCUUACUGGAAGGAUUUACCGGUGCGUCACAAUAUUGAUGUGAUGCAUGUGAAGAAGACCUUGUCUGAUGCUAUGUUGUCUACACUGAUGCAAAGUGCCAAGUCAAAAGAUGGCUUGAAAGCAAGAAAAGACCUGGAAGAUAUUGGAAUCCGAAGGUAUCUGCACCCAGAGGUACGGGGAAAGAAAACAUAUUUGCCUCCAGCAGCUUACUGGAUGUCUAAGGAAGAGAAAAAGGUAUUUUGCAAGAGGUUGUCUAAUUUCAGAGGUCCUGAUGGUUAUUGCGGGAAUAUUGCUAAUUGUGUUUCAGUCAACCCUCCUGUGAUUGGGAGUUUGAAGUCCCAUGAUCAUCAUGUACUCAUUCAAAACUUGUUACCUGUUGCGUUGAGAGGGUUGCUGCCAAGCGGCCCUAGGACUGCGGUAACUCGAGUUUGCAACUACUUCAACAGAUUGUGCCAACGUACGAUUGACCCAAAGAAGCUAAUUUCUUUAGAGUCUGAGAUUGUAGAGACAAUGUGCCAACUGGAGCGGUACAUGAAAACACUUAAGGCAUAUGUAAAAAACUAUGCAAGACCAGAAGCGUGUAUGGCUGAAGGAUACUUGGCCGGAGAAUGCAUUUCUUUCUGCUUAGAGUUCCUACAGAAUUCUGUACCAGUGCAAGAAGCUGUAAACCGUAACGAAGAUGUUGAGGCUGAUGGAAGUGUUGUUGAAGGCAGACCAUUGCAUAAGGGUCGAGAAGUUGUCCUUUCAGAGAAAGAGAGAGACAUAGCACAUCGAUAUGUCUUGAUGAACUUGGCAGCUGUGGAUCCCUAUGUGGAAUCAGUUUGCCCAGUGGAUAAAAAAAAGAUUCCUUCUAAUUCAAAAGAUCACUCGACGAAGCUUCGGUGGUUGGCAUUUGGACCUAGACUAACUGCUCAAACCCACAAAGGGUUUGUCAUUAACGGGCAUCGCUUUCACACUGAUGACGUUAAGCGGAAGACACAGAAUAGUGGAGUGACUUAUGAAGCUUUUAGCAUGUGUAGAUCUACUGCACGAGACACUAGACAAAUGGCUGACAUAGUUACUUACUAUGGAGUGAUUAAGGAAAUUAUACUUCUGGACUACCACAUGUUCACAGUGCCAUUAUUCAAAUGCAGUUGGGCCAAUAGAGGGUAUGGUGUAAAGGAAGAGGAUGGAUUCACGCUUGUGAACCUUCAUAUGAAUCAAUCGUCAUAUCUCCAAGAUCCAUAUAUUCUCCCAUCACAAGCAAAACAAGUUUUCUAUUCCAGAGAGAAUGACACAUCACCUUGGUAUGUUGUUAUGAGGGCUCCUCCUAGGGGCUACCACGAGUUGGAGACAGAGGAAGAGUUUGUUGGUGCACCUUUAUCACCCCAACCAGUUGAUGAUUUAGAGAUUCAAUCUUCUGAUGAUGAGAGUUUCUAUGUUAGGGAGGAUUGUGAAGGGAUCACAGUUGCAGAAGGAGGAUUAGUCCGUCGAAGUAAACGUCAACAAGGCUUGGAUGCUGUAACAGUCAUGCAGCGGCCAAAAGCCACCAAAACAAAGAAAAAAAGAAUAGGAGAAGUGAUGACUGAUGUUGUUAACCUUGAGGAAGCUGAAGAAGCUGUUGGUGAUCUUGUUCAAGAUGUUCAGAAGUCUGGUGAUAUAGCUGCUGAGGAAGUUGUUGGUGGUCCUGUUCAAGAAGUUCAGAAAUCUGGUGAUGUAGCUGCUGAGGAAGCUGAUGGUGAUCCUGAUCAAACUGUUUCUGAGAAAGAAGUUGCUAACACUAGUCAACAACCUGCUGAGCAAGUAGAUGCUCAAGAUGAUGAUGAGACUGUUGAACCUUUGGCAGUUGAAACUGACAAUAUGAAUCAAGAUUCUCAACCUGUUGCAUCUGAACCUAAUGCUAGGGAAGAUGACUCUCAGCGUACUGAUGCUGGAACUGAGAUGCGUAGCACUUCAGGACUAGGAACACCGCAGUCAGCUCCCACUAUAAAGAAGAGAAGAGGGCCGACCAAGAUGCGUAAAGUGGCUAAGGAUCCUCAGGACAGGGUUGAAGUGUCAUUCACUGAGCUUGGUGAACAUGUAGGUCCUGGUUCAGUGACACUAUCAUCAUUUGUUGGUGCUAUUGUGCGUGAACAUGUUCCGGUAACACUUGAUGAUUGGAGAAAACUGGAUAGUCAGACAAAGGAUACACUUUGGGAGGAAAUACAGUUUGGAACUCUUGGAUUAAGAGUAGGACUAGCACAGCUUUUAAGACAUGGGGAAGAACUCAAUAUGGAUAUAGGAACCAGUUACACUGAUAGGACAUAUCAAAGUGAGAAUCAUGAAGAGGUGGGUUAUGUUGUAGAAGAUCCUUAUGUGGAUAUGGUGAACGAUGCAUUUCGUUAUAACGUGGGGUUUGAUGAUAACUAUGAUCAGGAUGGUAGUUAUCAGAAUGUCGAAGAACCAAAAGCGGAGAAGAUUGCAAAAACUUAUGAGCAGAAUGUGCUUGAUAGGUUGAAUGAGCUAGAGGCAGAUACUUCUGCAGUUUCUGAUGGCGCUUCACGACCUCGGGAGCUCACAACAGAGGAGUAUACCACCAUCUUUCUUCAGUCCACUGAGAGGGAUGCAAGGGGAAAUCCGUAUGGAAUCGGAAGUUUGAAGAACACUCUUGGCAGUGGCAAUCGCAAGUACCCUGGAGACUCGUCAUCCUUUCAAUCUCUGGAAGAACAGCUAAAGGAUGCUCACCGCAAAAUAGAAGAGCAGGUUGCAUAUAAUGAAAGGCGAGAGUCUGAGGUUGCUUCCCGUGAAGCUGAGCAAGCUCGAGUCGCGGCUGAGCAAAAGGACAAGCUCGAGCACUUGUCCUUGGUGGAGAAGUAUCUGCGUCAAACUGAUCCUCAAUUCCUCCACUUCAUGGCCACUCAUUCUUCUUCAGCUGAAAAAAAAAGUGAUGACCCUAAAAAGAUCACUAGGAGUAAGGUUUGGAUAGCAGGACACACUCACGCUGAUGGUAGACCCGUGAGGCCAGAGUUUGCUGACACUAUUGAACAAAUACAAUCACUUGAUAGUCAAAUGGACUCCACAUCAGGUGAUAACAUAAGAGAAGAUGUUGUCAGUAAAGUGUUGGGAAAAGACAAACCUGGACGUGUCAGAGGGAUGGGCAGAGGGAUAACUGCUACCAAGCUAGCUUUCAUUCAGGCUAGAGACUCUAGACUUGAAGAGUUGCAUAACGAGGUUGAAGACUUGAAGAAUCAGAUCCGUGACUUGGUUGGAAAGAAUAAAAACUCUGGUGCUGGGACUUCUCAAUCUGAGGUUAGUGAUGUAGGCAAAGGAGUUAGGUGUCAGAUACUGGAUUGGUAUGCGAAUAAAGAUAUUGUUGUUGGUGAGGGAGAAUUUUGCUCUGCUGAACCUCAGUAUCGGAUUGGCCGCAUUCCACUGGGUGAACACGGCGCAGCGGUCAUCGUCACUUCUGUAUCAGUUCCAGAAGCAUCUCUUUGGAGGCCAACAGCAGAUGUGUUCUUACUUCAGCAAGCUUUAGGAGUUAAGAUUGCAUGGCCAGUCGAUAAAGUUAUAUUGGACAGCGGAUUGGACAGCCAGAAUAACUCAGAAAAUACAGGUGGAUGCAAGGAUACUGGUACAGAUGAUGACCAACUUGGUAGAUUCAAAGUUUUUGAUUGGAAAAUGGAUGAAGUUAUUGCUGAGGGUGUUAUAUGUUCCACUGACAAAGAUGAGCUGAUCGAUAACAUACCUUUGGGUCUGAAUGCUGUUAUUUUGAUAGUUGAUUUGGUCCUUAAACCUGAAGCUUGUUUGUGGAGACCAAGUCCCGAAAUGUUUGUGAUGGGUGAUGCAUUGAAAACAAAGAUAGCAUGGCCAGUCCAUAGGUUAGAAUUAAUGGAUGCACCUGAACAGGCAGUAGGGAGAAGAUCAUCUACUCCGAGUGCAAGUAACACAAUCAAGACAUGCAAAGGAGCACAGGAAGUAGGCAGAAGACCAUCUACUCCGAGUGUGAGUACCACCAGCACAGGUAAAGGAGUAAAGAAGAAGUGCAUCCUGUUAGACUGCAAUAACUCUGGCCGCAAAGUUGCAGAAGGCAGAGUGUGCUCCACUGACCCAGCUGUUCUUAUCCAUCACGUCCCAUUAGGUCAGAAUGCUAGCAAAGUGUGGGUAGAAGUUUCUAAGAUUGAUGAUGCAUGUGUGUGGAGACCCAAUUCAGAAAUCGAAUACAUUUCUGAUGCAAUAGGCACUACAGUGGCUUGGCCAAAUGACAAACUCUUGUUCAUCUAAGCUUUCUAAGUAUAAUCUCGAUUUCAACUUUUUAGUACUCAUAGUCAACAAACAAAGUACUUAUUU